UCAUUAGAGCAAUAAAUGGUGGCCAGUUAGUCGGUCACAUAAAAAGCCAUACAUUCCUCAAAAUUUCCACACUCAAGUGAAAGUCCAGGCACACGAUCCCGUAAUGGAAGAGAUCACAAUCAUAAUGGCAGCACUCUCCACCCUCAAUUCUCCCCAACUCACAGAUAUCACAAGCUCCAUCCUCUCGCAAACCGUCCGCCGCCGCCGCCGCCUCUCGUCCCUCCUCUGUUCUCCCUCUCUUUUCUCCCUCACCUUACACCAUCUCCAUUCCCUCUCCCUCAUUCAGAAGACCUUACUCAUUUCCAAACACCUCCUCUCAUCCCUUCACUGCCUCACACGUCACUUCCACCCAACAACCCUUAUUCCACCGCACCCCAACACCACCAUCGAACACCGUGACCUCGACGCUGCAUUGCUUCUUAUUUUCCUUUGUGAUGUACACCAAGAAAACCCCGAAAUACUUAAAACACCAAUCGCUGAAUGGCGUGAGGGUUUGAGGAAACAUUACUCUGAAACUGUGCUAAGGCAAACAAGCAUUGUGGUGCAUUAUGGUGGUGUCCUUCUACCAUAUGUUGAGAUGAUAAUAAGGUGUUGGCGGUUCGUUGGUAUGAUGGCUGGUUGUACAGUGAGGGAGGGGAGGGAGUUGGCAGCAGCUCCGGCAGCAGUGGUGGCGCUUCCGGCAGUAGAGGUGAGAGGAGGUGGUGAGGAGUGUGUGAUAUGUAGGGAAGAGAUGAGUGAAGGUAGAGAUGUGUGUGAAUUGCCAUGUGAACACUUGUUUCAUUGGAUGUGCAUUUUGCCAUGGCUAAAGAAGACGAAUACAUGCCCAUGUUGCAGGUUCCAGCUUCCAACUGAAGAUGUGUUCGGAGAGAUCGAACGGCUGUGGAGUGUUAUGAUCAAGAUUGGUAAUGGGGCCCUCAGUGGGGAAUAUUGCACGUGAUCGAUGUUGAUAAUGGCAUGAAUUGUAGACGUGGAAGAAUCGCAAGGACUUAUUGGCCUCUAGUGAAUUUGGACAAUUGUGCAUUUACGAGGCGGCAAACGUAUAUAGUAUAAUGAAUGGUUGCGAUGAAUAGGCUGUAGAGGAUCACUUGUUGAUGAUAAAGACCCCUGUGGUUUAGGUCUGGGGCAUGCUUGUAGAAUUAUCGAUUUGUAGCUAAAUAGAUGAAAGGAUUACAUAUAUUAUUGGGGUUGCUUGGAAAA